AUGGCCUCCGCGGACAUGUUUACCAGCCUGGACGCGGACGGCAGCGGCAGCAUCUCCCGAGACGAGUUUGCGAAGCUGAUGCAGCAGAUGCAGGGCCAGAACACCAGCUGCCCGGCUUGCGGCAACGUGUACGCGGACGAUGCGGUGUUCUGCCGGAAGUGUGGCCGCAAGCGCGAGGCGGGUGGGGCCGCAGGCGGACCGACUGUUCCAGGUGCGUACACAGGCGCACCGGGCAACGUCACCUAUGGGGCUCCGGUCGCCUAUGGAGCUCCGGCUCCUGGCACCUCCGACCCGUACGGAGCCCCGAUCAGCUAUGGAGCCCCGGCGCCUGGCGCCAGCGUCCCCUCCUAUGGAGCUCCUGUCACCUAUGGAGCUCCGGUGCCUGCCACUACAGGCCCGGUCACCUAUGCGGCUCCAGCGCCAGGCACCACCAGCCCGUACGGAGGUGCAGCGCCUACAACGACCACCAGCCCGGUGACCUACGCAGCCCCGUCGCCGGCUACUGCCGGCCCAGUGACAUAUGCGUCACCCACAACAGGCCCGGUUACCUACGCAGCUCCCGCGCCUGCCACUACAACGGGCCCGGUCACCUACGCUGCUCCCGCGCCUGCCACCACUAGCCCCUACGGAGCUCCGGUGCCUGCCACCACUGGCCCGGUGACCUACGCAGCUCCUGCGCCUGCCAAUUACGGAGCUCCAGCUACAACCGCCCCUGUCACCGGCCCGGUCAGCUACGGAGCUCCAAUGCCUGCUUACACAGGUCCGGCCGCCGCGACCAGCCCGGUGACCUACACAGCUCCGGCCGCCACGACCAGCCCAGCGACCUACACGGCUCCUGCAGCCACAACUAGCCCGGUGACCUACACAGCUCCAGCAGCCACUACAAGCCCGACAGUUCCGGCCACCACUACAAGCCCCACCGCUGUGGCACCAGGCUCAUCUCAAGCAAUGGCCCCUAUGUCAUCCUCGGCUGCAGUGGCGGCGCCGAUCCAGAGCAUGCCAGCGACGACCACCCCGGUCACCACCUACACAGCUCCAGCCGCCACUACCAGCCCGGUCACCUACACAGUGCCGGCUGCCACCACGGCGCCUGCCACUACCGGCCCGGUCACCUAUGGAGCUCCGGUUCCUGCCACGACUGGCCCAGUGACCUAUGCAUCUCCCGCACCUGCCAGCUAUGGAGCUCCGGCACCUGCAUACGGGUCACCUGUGCCUGCCUAUGGAGCUCCGCCUGCCACCAGCCCAGUCGUCUCCUAUGCGGCUCCGGCGCCUGCCACUACCGGCCCGAUCACCUAUGGAGCUCCGCCUGCCACUAGCCCGGUGGUGCCUUAUGCAGCGCCGGCGCCUGCCUCCUACGCGGCUCCAAGCAUGGACCAAUUCGCCCGUUUGGAUGUCAACAAUGAUGGCACGCUUUCCCGCGAGGAGUUUGCAAAGCUCAUGGGCCAGGUGGCCCCUGCCGGACCUGGCUCUCCCAAGCAGCCGGCCCCAGCACCUGCUGUGUACGCAGCCCCAGCACCAGGCACCACACCGGCCCCAGCGCCAUCGAAUGCCGUGUACGCAGCACCUGCACCAGGCACAACGCCGGCCCCUGGCCCAGCGCCGUCGAACGCUGUGUACGCAGCCCCAGCGCCAAGCCCAACGCCGGCCCCUGGCCCGGCGCCAUCGAACGCUGUGUACGCAGCCCCAGCACCAGGCACAACGCCGGCCGCUGGCCCGACCCCAUCGAACGCUGUGUACGCAGCCCCAGCACCAGGCACAACCCCUAGCCCAGCACCAUCGAACGCUGUGUACGCAGCCCCAGCACCGGGCACCACACCAGCCCCUGGCCCAGCGCCGUCGAAUGCUGUGUACGCAGCCCCAGCGCCAGGCACAACGCCGGCCCCUGGCCCCGCACCAUCGAACGCUGUGUACGCAGCCCCAGCGCCAGGCACGACACCGGCUCCAGCACCAUCAAAUGCUGUGUAUGCAGCUCCGGCACCGAGCUCAACACCGACCCCCGCGCCGGCACCAGCACAGCCCAUGACCUAUGCUGCACCAGCCCCUGCGCCGGGCCAGCAGCCCAUGACGUACGCUGCUCCAGCUCCUGCACCUGUGCAAUAUGCUGCCCCGGGUCCUGCGCAGCCCAUGCCCUAUGCUGCCCCAGCGCCUGCACCGAUGUAUGCGCCGGCCACAUACACGACGACACCAGCACCUGCCACCUCCACUGUGGCACCAGGCUCAUCUCAAGCAGUGGCACCCAUGACAUCCUCGGCCGCAGUGGCAGCACCGAUCCAGAGCAUGCCCGCCACGACCAGCCCCGUCGCCAGCCCGGUCACUACCAGCCCGGUCACCUACACCGCCCCGGCCGCCACGACCAGCCCGGUCACCACCUACACAGCGCCGGCAGCCACCACUAGCCCUGCAGUGACGUAUGCAGCUCCAGCGCCUGCCACUACCGGUCCGGUCACCUAUGGAGCUCCGGUUCCUGCCACUACUGGCCCGGUGACUUACGGAACUCCGAGCCCGGUGACCUACACAGCUCCAGCACCGGCCACGACCGGCCCGGUCACCUAUGGAGCUCCGGUGCCUGCCACUACUGGCCCGGUGACCUACGCAGCCCCGGGGCCUGCCACUACCAGCCCAGUGACCUACGCAGCUCCGGCGCCUGGCACCGCUGACCCCUAUGGAGCUCCGGUCAGCUACGGUGCUCCUGCACAGAGCUAUUCCUAUCCUGCGAACGCGACGCCGCAGCCAGUGUCCUACGACGCGUACCCGGCACAGCCUUCUCAGGGCUACUCUUAUCCGACCUACACGGCGCAGCCUCAGUACACUUACGCGACCGCUCCUGGGCAGACAAACGCAGGCGUCCGGGCCUCAGGCCAACAAGACCUGCGAACAGCUCGGCGCUACUCCCUCGGUGACCUCUUUACCCGCCUGGAUGCGGAUGGCAGUGGCAAUAUCUCGCCUGAGGAGUUUGCGAAGUACAUGCAGAUGCAGGGCCAGAACACGACCUGCCCGGCCUGCGGCAACACAUACAUGGACGACUCGCUGUUCUGCCGCAAGUGCGGCCGCAAGCGUGACGAGGCCUAG